AUGUCCGAUUCGUUUCGAGCCUUGGAUGAUAUCGCCGCGCAACCUGCCACGCGGUCUGUCCGGCUGAGGCUGGCUUGCGACGCUUGUACGACUGCAAAGGUGCGAUGCAGCAGGACUCACCCUUGCGAGCGCUGCGAGGAUAACGGGCUGGAGAACCAGUGCUAUUACAGUGCUUCACGACGACAUGGGAAAAGAGCUCGACAUCGCAAGACAGGGUCUGAGAUACUGCGGUCAAGCAACACAGCUUCGCUCACGACGGGCGAUUCUGCGAGUGCACAGUAUGGGACUGACUUUGCUUGGGAGGACUACAGUCAUACACCGGGAUCGUCGGCUGCGAAGACAGACAGUGAAUUUGAUAUGCUAGAUGGCUGGGUGUCUCACAACAUGGAUGUUGCUGUUGAUUUUGAGAAUUUUAACAGUAUAUCUUGGGCCGAUCCAUGGAAGUCGCUUAGUCUUUGGUCUGAUACCAGUCCGUCUCAGUCAAGUGGCAUGGUAUCACCGGAUUUAAGCUUGUCUCCAGCACAAAUAACGUCAAUCAAACCCACAAUCCACGGAGCGUCAAACAUCCUGGGAAGCAAUAUGCAAGGUCCAAGGCAGUCUCACAAUUGCGAGGCCACGGCGUUGAGACUGUUGAGAUCCCUACACUGUCAACCAAACACAGAUCAAAGUGCAAACAUAUGCAGACAACCACACAACAUAUAUCAGGCGAAACAAGCAUGUUCAACGCCGAGUAUCGACACAGUUCUAUCAGUCAACAAAGUCGCACUGGCCAACCUCAUUCCCCUACUGAAAUGCCCCUGCGGACGAAACUCGCACAUUGCGAUGCUCCACAGUGCAAUUCUUUCAAAGGUCAUCUUCUGGUACAGAGUUGCCGUGACCGCUCGCUAUCACUCUGAAGGGGUUGAGCUACGACCGAUGAAGAUCCAGCUGGGAAUGUUGGAUCUAGACGAUGAGGAUCAAGCAAUACUGCAGAGAGCUGUGCUCCUUCGCGAGUUGCGCAAGGCGGAAAAGGUCAUGGAAACGUUUGAUUCUUUUUCUGUACGUGAGGAUGGGGUGCCCGGUUGGCAUGCUUCGGCGGUGAGAAAUAUGAGAGAGGAGUUACAAACAAUCAUUCAGAAGAUUAGAAAGGGACAGGGGGAUCUGCCAUGA